CGGGCCACGUCACGUCACGGAGGGGGCAGAUCGGAUUCCUGAGCGCUGCUCGAGUUUCCUGCGAUCAUCACAUCCUCAGAUCCACAUCUACAGCGGAGCGAGACGCCGCGCUUUUCCUCCUCCAGCACCAUCAGACGGCUCCUUUUACAAAAAUGAUGUUUCGAUGUUUACCCGUGGUUUUCCUUCUGGCUGUAGUCUGCUGCCAUGCCGAGCAGGAGGCUCAGAGUAAAUCAAAGGUGUGUGCUAAUGUGUUCUGCGGUGCUGGGAGAGAGUGUGCCGUGAAUGAGAAAGGAGAGCCCAGCUGUCUGUGCAUUGAGCAAUGCAAGCCUCAUAAGCGCUCAGUGUGUGGCAGUAAUGGAAAAACAUACCGUAACCACUGCGAGCUGCACCGUGACGCCUGCCUUACUGGACUCAUGAUCCAAGUGGCCCACGAUGGACCCUGCAAAGAGAAGAAGCAGGAGAAAGCCGCAGUCAGCCCAGUUGUGUGUUAUGUUGCUGACCGUAAUGAGCUGCGCAGGCGUGUGAUCGACUGGCUGCAGACAGAGGUUGUUCCAGACGGCUGGUUCACUAAGGGCUCCAACUUCACUGAUAUCCUCCUCAAGUACUUCAAGAAUUAUGAUAGCGGAGACUCUCAGCUGGAUUCUGCAGAGCUGCUCAAGUUCAUUCAGCACAACGAAACCGCGGUUCAGAUGAACUCUUACGCUGAAGAGGAAAACAACCGCCUGCUCAGGAGCCUUUGUGUGGACGCGCUUAUUGAGCUCUCAGAUGAGAAUGCCGACUGGAAACUGAGCUUUGAUGAGUUCCUCAACUGCUUGAAACCAGGCUUCAACCCUCCUGAGAAGAAGUGUGCUCUGGAAGAUGAGACCUAUGAGGAUGGUGCUGAGACUCAGGUGGAGUGCAACCUCUGCGUCUGUGCAUGUGGAAACUGGGUCUGCACCGCCAUGACUUGUGAUGAGAAAACCCCAGUUAUUGACACUGAUGGGGAUCAGGAGAUGACCGAAGAGGAAUGGACCCGCCGCGUGGCUGAACUCAACAAGCAUCAGGAGACUGUGGAGAAGAUGAAGACCAGCACAAAGGAGGUCUAAACCAGGACAGAGACACGAGGAGGGAGAUGACGUGGACGAAUUCCUCUCCUACUGAUCACAAUCAGGAUUCCUGAGAUUAUGUACUGUUAAUGGAAGAAUCACACCAUUUUCUAUAGAUAGGUUAUUACUUUUAUUGCUAUCCAUACCACAUCUAUUCUCUGGUUAAUGUGUUUUAUGCUACUUACUACUCUACAAAAUACA